CUGUCUUUCAUCAGCUAAGGUCUGCAGCUUCCAGCUUAUAGGUGUCUUGCUGCACUGUUUUGACCCAUUCGGAGAACAAGGAGGCGAAUUCGUAACCACAGCUUUCAGCAACAACAAUAGGCACGGUGAAAAUCCAGAUUCAGACUCAACAGGAUCGACAACCCGUGUAUCUAUCCUCACUUCAACCUCUUCUACCACCACUGGUUGGUGCCUUCAUCGUUUCUCAUGUUCUCCCGUAUCGCCAGGUUGCGCUACCUUGCACCCCUUCUUCUUAUAUCCUCUUCAUUGGCAACUGCUAGAGAUGAUUCUUUAUUCACAUCUUCCGUGACUUAUUGCUCACCACCAGAGACUCUCCUCAUUCAACAGUUUGACAUUGCAUACUUCGCAAAGAAUGAGUCCAUAUGGUUUAACAUAUCCGCAGCAAGUGUCGACCCCAACGUUAGUGUGACCGCCAACGUAAUGCUGAAUGUUUAUGGAAUGCAUCCCGUGAACUUCACCAUCGAUUUGUGCUCGCUGUUCAAUGGCGCCCUGUGCCCAUUGCCGAUGUACAACUUUACCGGCUCCGACUCCAUCCCUCUACCAUCCUCCCUCGGUGUUUCCGGCAAGAUUCCUAGCAUCGCUUUCCAAAUACCGGACCUUGAGGCAUAUGCACAAUUGUCCCUCACGGAAGUGAACACUGGAGUUCUUAAGGCUUGUGUUCAGGCAACCCUUUCUAACGGCUGGUCAGCACAUCAAGUAGCCGUAGAAUGGGCAACUGGCGGACUUGCCCUACUUGCACUUCUUUCCGCGGUUUGUUACUCGUUUACACCAGACACCCUGGCACCCUUCCGUCUUUUCGAUCUUCUCUACCUAUAUCAAUGGGCUGCAUCAACAGCACUUCUUGAUCUUAAUUAUUCCUCAGUCUAUCGGGCAUUUACAACCAACUUUGCAUGGACGAUGGGUUUGUUCUCCGCAUCAGCAACCUCUCCCAUCCAGAUCUCCGUCAACAACAUGCGCCACCUCACCGGAGGCAAUAUGGCCGAUGCCACUGGAGAUUCUGCAGUCGCUCUCGUGAACCGCAAACUUAGCCCAUACAAUGCCAUGGCGUCGUCAACUUUUCUUGCCUCUUCUAACCAAUAUGCGGGCACCGGCGUGGAGAGCCUUCUGGCGUUUUCCAAUGUAACUUCGGCCAAUAAUUUCUCGGAUACCUCGUUCGCCGCUGUUAAAGAACUCUCCACUGCUGGCGAUGUGCAGCUUGUUACACCGUCAUCUUCCAAUGUUCUCCAGGCUGGCGUACCUAUCUAUGUCAACUCUGUUGGUAUCGCCACGGCUAACUCUUUCAUGACGGUCUUCUUGGUCGUCUUGAUGAUCGCCGCAAUAUUGCUUACAGUUCUCUCCGUCGGCUAUUGCGUCCUAGCCGCAAAAUCCUGGUAUGGACAACGGAAAGAAGGUUACGGCGCUGAUUGGCGUUCUCGAUAUCCUUUAUUUGCUCACGCCUGGCUACUGCGCAUCUGCCUGAUCGUAUUCACUCCAGUGACAAUAUUUGCGCUCUAUCAGUGGACGCUCAAGGAUUCAUGGCUGUCUAUCCUCCUUUCAGUAAUUUUGCUCCUUGCGGUGGUUGGCUUCCUCCUAUAUUCUAUCGUCUUCACACAUCGUCUGGCCCUUCGUUCAACCCCCUCUGAACUGUAUACACGACCUGAUUUCCUAGCUUCUCAUGGCCCUCUGUACGCAAUAUACCGCUCGGAGCGAUUUUAUGCGACUCCUCCCUUGAUUUUGGCUAUUUUCAUCAAGGCCCUCUUCAUCGCCUUUUCUCAAGCCAACGGUGUCGUGCAAGUCGUCGCGAUUCUCCUCGUUGAAUGCAUGGUCCUCGCCUCUCUACUAGCCCUUCGGCCACACAAAUCGAGAGGUGCUGAUGUCCUUGCAACGUACCUUGCGAUUACCAGAGUGGUUUGCACUGGUCUCAUGAUCGCUUUUUUGGAGAGCCUAAAUCUAGGGGCAAUACCUCGCGUUGUGAUCGGCAUCGUGAUAGCUGUUAUCAUUUCGGUUGCGGUCGUCGUCAUGUUUAUCAAUACGCUGCUGAAUAUGGGCAUCCUGAGACUCAUCCCGGCACGUUAUAGACGGCGCCGGGAUGCCCUACCCGGUGGUAUGGAUGUAGAGAAGGGCGCUGAAAUUGAUGAGAAAGACCGGCGGCCGCGAAAUCCCACGCCAGAGCGGAAUAUCCCCCUCGAUCCGGAUGUCAAUCAACCAUAUCCCGACAGUCCUUCCCAGACUUUGACGGACCAUCACAGUCUCGAUUCAGAGGAGUCGGGUUCAACAACUCUAGGCUCACUACUUCCACGGCGGUGGUCAAUCCAACCAUCUCAACCCUCAAGCCACUCGCGGUCCAACUCUCAAUCACAGUACUCACCGAGUCAAUCAAACUAUUCGCCCUCUCGUUCAAAUUAUGUGUCAAACGCAUCAUCACCGCGGCAAUCCGUCCCGCCUUCACCGCUACGCACGCAAUCACCAUCGCACAGCAGACAGCCCACUAUAGACGAGCACCCUGCAUUUCCGUAGACGUUCCUUAUUUUCUUAAAUCACAUUCCAUAGAGUUAAAGCACCUUCGCCUUCUUGCAUUGCAUGUUUCAUUCUUCAUCUUGUUUCACUCGCAUUCACUCACACUCAUUCGGACAAUGGAAAUCUGGUAAUGCAUGUAAAUAUCUCAUCAUGAUAUGAUGAUGGGUCGCCUUAUCCUUAUUUUUUUAAUGUCGCUUUUGUUAUUGUCUUCUGGGCGAAUAUUUGGUGUCUGUGGUAACCUAAGUAAUACGUGUCCAUGUAAUUUAGUCUUAGAAAGACCAUACUGUACAUGUAGAGAUACGCACUUACCUUCGACACGAUCCAAGUGUGACCAACUGAAAGUCGUGACGAAGUGCGUAUCUCUACAGUGUUUGAAUGAA